CGAGCCAGGGGCGAGGACAGGGGAGCCCGCCAGACACUCCUCGUCCGCCCCGCCAGCUGCAACCAUCCACCUCAACCCCCGCCACACACAUUAACCCCCAGCAAGAUGAAGUGGCAGUACAAGGAGGAACAUCCUUUCGAGAAGAGGAGGGCGGAGGGCGAGAAGAUCAGGAAGAAAUAUCCGGACCGUGUGCCAGUGAUUGUGGAGAAGGCACCCAAAGCUCGCAUUGGGGAUUUGGAUAAGAAAAAAUACCUAGUUCCUAGUGACCUGACAGUUGGACAGUUCUACUUCUUAAUCCGCAAGCGAAUCCACCUCCGACCUGAAGAUGCUCUCUUCUUCUUUGUCAAUAAUGUCAUUCCUCCAACCUCUGCCACUAUGGGCUCUCUCUAUCAGGAGCAUCAUGAAGAGGACUUCUUCUUGUACAUAGCUUAUAGUGACGAGAGUGUUUAUGGAGGAGCGUGCUGAAGUGUUCCUAGUCAGGCUGGCCAGCUACUUGGAGGGUGACCUUGACCUGGAGACCCCGAGAGGAAGUGCGUGGGACGACUUGUCCUCAAAAUGAAGAAGACUUUGAAAUAUUUAGAGCCUUGGCUGUAACUCCCUAUAACAGUCUUUAUUAUGAAGAAAAUAAAAAAAAAUCAGAAGUUGCAUCUAAAGUUCUAAAUACGUAGCGGCAUUCCUUUUGGAUGGUUUGAGAGUUGUGUGAAGUGAAAGGAUGCAUUUACUGCACUGCUUUACUUCAUGGCGUCUUGGUGCAAUUUGAGGGAAAUGCAACAUCUUGCCCGAGGUGCUCAGGACUGAUUCGGCUUCAAUAAUUCCUCCAAAUUGCACUUGAAACAAUGCCUUAAAUAGAGUAUGUGCUUAACUCCUGUAUUGUAUGCCAAAGCAUAGAUCAAUUUUAUUUUAUUUCUCAAUUUUUUUGGUGGAUGAAAAUUUUUAAUUAAUAAUGAUGUGCUUGUUCAGUUUGGUACAUCUUAGUCAUUAGUUUAAUCACUUGCUUCUCCCUUUUCUUUAAAUAAUUAAAGAAAAUUGUGCGUGACGGGUGACUUAACUCGUGGGGGUGUAGGUAUUGUGGACGCUUGUGUGCGUAGCUAUACACCACCGAGUAAUGGAACCAGUCGUGUACUGCCUUGUUUAUUAACCCCGUGAAAGGUGUACUGUAUCCAAAAAUUUUGUUGGCAUCACCUUUAGACUUUUUGUAAGAUGUAAAUAUUAUUUCUUGAUCUAAAGCAUAUUCUCCUUGGCUAUUAUAAUUAUGAAUGACAAACAGGGAAAAAAUGAAACCAAAUUUAUCUUGCUACAGUAACAGUUGGUGCUUGGUUAUAGCCACACCGACACCUCUGGACAUGUUAUACCUAACUUCGUUGUAUAGCCACUCCUGGUUUAGUGUGUAGUGGGUCUUGAUUUUUUCUUUUAAGGAGAACAUUAUAUUGAGUUGUCAAGUUUCCUUUGUUUGGCGUAUAUAAUCUAGUAUUGCCACAUUAUGAAAUGUACUAAAAAAUGAUUAAAAUUCUGAAAACCCUGA